AUGUCGGGCCCAGACGCACCGGAGCCCGCCAGCGACCUCGCCCGACCCCCCAAGCGCGACCUCGCCUCGACGACCCACGACCACCACGACCGGGACCUGCUCGACGCAAUCUUCAAGCGCAUCAAGCUGGCCGUCCCGCGCACCCCCUACGUGCUGUCGACGCCCUCGCUGCACCCCUAUCACUACCAUUCCCAGCAGCAGGCAAAUGCCUGGAUGAUAGGCCGCCUGUGGCGCUCCGACGAAGAGCACCUGCAGUACCGCACCUAUCUAUACCGCGAGCCGUGCCAGGACUGCUUCGAGCUACAGGCUGGCCCAGACGACGAGCCCGAGCCCGAACCCGAGCCCGAACCCCCGCGCUCGCACACGGCAAACGGCCAGCCCGCCAAGAAGAAGCCCAACCUGUCGGCCUUCAAAGUGAAACAUGCAAACGGCACCGUUACGCCUGGCGCAAACAUCACCUUGUCUGGCGGUGCGCCCGCCAAAAACACGUCGGAGCACCCCAGCACCCUCACCAAAUCCGACAAGCCCUCUACGUCCGCGCAAAAGGCCGACCCCAGAUCGCCGAGAUCGUCUUCCGACGCCUUGCCCGACAAUCACCGCCCCGGCAAAGCCACCCAACAUGUCCCCUACUCGGGCUCGCGCCCGCGGGCUCCCUCGACCACACAAAAGAGCGACAAUGCCACUUCCAAAGGCCAUGGCGAAAAGUCGGAUCCCUCCAACUCUACACCACACGGCUUGCCUCCGCUGCUGUCCCCCGUCCGCGAACCGCUCGGCAAUCCAUACGGACUACCCACAAUUCUGUCCCCAACACUGCCCUCCAAUGUGCAAGCCGAGCUGGAUAGGCUGGAGAUGCAGCGGAAGCGUGCAGACUCGGACGCCUCUGUGUCGUCGUCGUCGGAUCCCCGGAACCAGGCCCUUGCCGUGCCACCAGAGGCAUCCCACAAGUCCAGCGGCACUGCAAAGGUGCAAAGCCGUGGACGCUCAGUCUCUCUCAACGGCAAGUCGCCAAAUCCCGAACCAGUCAGUCUUGCACAACAAGCACAUACCAAUAUGAUAGUUAAACUGAAAUUCUCAAAGUCCAAGGCACAAGUUGUCAACCAAAUUCUCCGUCUGCCCCCAAAGCGCUCCAAUGCCGAGAAGAAGGAACGCAACGAUGCGCCAAAGGCUGCGGCGCCAGAGAGCCAGCCCAAGGUUACGGAUCCGCCUGUCAUUAAGAAGAAGCCGGCGCCCAAGACGGCUACUCGGCGGGCAGAGACGGCGGCGUCUGCGCCCACGUCUACGCCGAGCACAGUCGCAAAGCCAGCCCAGGCAAGCGCCAAGGCUGCGGAAAAGCGACUACGACCAGACGAGGAUGGUUCAUUGCCAGUUCCUCCCGCUAAGCGCCCCAGGCCAAGCUCGACGCAAGAGACACCUGCGCCGAGCACAGCCUCUUUGGCCGUCCCAAACAAGCCCUUGGCUCAGAAGAGCAAUCCCCACCAUCCGACGCCCAAGAAGGAUAACAAAUCCGUCAGCAUGCUACGCAGUCAGUCGUCGGAGAGCAACGAUGCAACCCCGGGCCGCUCCGGGGCGACUCCUGCGGGGUCAAGAACGGAACCCAAGGCUGGGCCCACAUCUGCGCCCUUGAACAGCAAGAAGCAAGUCGACAUUGCCUUGCUUGGACAGACGUCGGCAAAGUUGAAUCAGACAGGCCGUGCCCUUAAGCAUGAGGCGACCAAGAUUCUCAACAACGCGAGCAGCAAAAAGGACGAAAAGCGAGCUGCAGUCACCAAUCUAGAGUGUAUCCUGGCAUACAUGGCAGCCUACUUUGCCCAAGACCUCUCCUUGAACCUCCGUGGUCGCGCCGGCGAGGUUGAGCAGACAUGGAAGACGCUGUUGCCGCUUUGCCUCUCGUAUUCUAGGUGCACAAGAGACUUUCAGCACCUCGACGGGCUCCGCUCCUACCUCAGCUCCGUCAUCGCCUCGGCCAUUUGCACUCACGUGUCGCAACGCUUUAACAAUGCCAAAUCACACGACUCACCACAUGACGCCAAUCACCCGGAAUCCGGUCGACAGCACCUUGAAAACUUUGCCCUGCUCUCGGAUCACACCCUGAAGAUGAACCGGCACUACCAAGAUGCAAGAAUCGCCCUGCCUUUUGAAGAUUUGCAAAGCAUCUACAAAAAGACGUAUGCUGGUCGCGAAGUCAACGUCAAACUAGCGCGCGAACCAGAGAAGGUUAGCGGCGCCAGGAUGUCUGGCCCAUACUUUCUCCCCCUCGGAACAGACACGACACCCAUCCAAGCCGUUCGAUUCGGUCUCAAAUUCCUCGGCGAGUACUGCGAAAAGGAGAGGCUGGACUACAGUCUCCGCGUCAACCUCGAUCGACCAGAGUAGCACUCGACCUCUCUCUCUCUCUCGCACCAGGAUGACCAAGUUCCGAAUUUAACGUUAUGCAAACGCGAUACG